UUUCGAAAUGCAAAAAUUGCAUCAUAAUGGGUUUCCCAAGAAACCUGUACAGCUUGAGGCCGGGGCAUUGAUAAGGGAACAAAACAAAACCCAGUCAGCUAAAAAGAAGUUUGACAGGAGACUUUUUAAAGUCAAAUGAAAAAAAAGGAACAAACGAAAGUGUUCUGAAAGUACUCGAUAAAUAGCGUAUUAUUCUUUCUCAUUUCAGCAAAAGGAGACUCAAGAACCUUGGCCACGUAAAACAGAAACAUACAAACAUACCUGACGAUAAAGUGGAAGCAAGAAGUAACAAGGGACGAUCUCCUACACCGUACAUUGAAAUUGAAAAUGUAAAACCCGACAGUGGUCUAUAACUUUAUGAUUCAAGCAAUUCAUCAAGGAUGAACGAGGAAGACGUGGGAGGGGGUUGUGGUGGGAAGGAGUGAGGCACCAAUGGACAAACACAACCGUGGUGACAGAUGACUUGUGACUUUAUCAAAUCUAUGCUGAUAGGCCGGUGCACUUGACAGUUUCUUAGUCAUCGUGGCUGAAGUAUCAACAGAUUGCUAUCAAGGACCUACAAACCGAGUGCUUGUGUUCAUAAUAUUAUAGUCUUGACAAUAAUAAUCUAGCUUUUAGUUCUCCAAAGAAGAGAAGCCCGCCUAUAAUGGAUUUAACGAGAGAAUCGUUUGCUUGUUUCUGUGUUUUGUUAGCAUUUUCAGCACGGAUUUUAUGUGACCGCGACCCUGCACCUCACAUCUUGACUGAUAUGAACGAUGUUCUCAACGGUGUCUUUUACGGCGCUCUCAUCCGCGUGGAGGUCAACAACGUGAGCAAGUGUGUUGUAAAGUUCCCGAACGAACUGGCGCCUCAUGACUUGUACAUCGAGAUUGACACGGCAGAGACACACGUCAUAGCGGGGAGAGAGCUCAUUGUUGCCGCCUUUGAGAGAGAGGUCAAUGGGACGAAGUAUCGAAGUCUAGGCCCAGUAAUUCGACAGACACGAACAAGUAUUCGAGCGGAUGGCACUGUUCUGAUUGAGGUCAUGGACCUUGGCCCAAUCAGCUUCACCUAUAUUGUACGUGGUUCCCUCUACUGCGCUUGGAGAAACCAGACAAAUUCCAAGCUCGAAAUGGGCGUGUUUAUCUGGCAAGAACAGGAGCAAGCCACAGAAAUGGGCUCCGUGGUCACACUAAACGAAGCUGCAAGUCAAGGUCAUAUGAUGACCUACUUCAUCAACGCAGAGAUGCUGAAGCCGCCUCAGCCCUUGCUCCGAUGGUCAGGAUUUGUGCGUGGUGAGUUCACAAUAUAUCAUUACAGGUUGAAUUGA